GGAGUGGGUGACAGAGGAGAGCAGAGAGGGCAGAUCUAGGGCAGAUCUAGGGCAGGGGGAGAUAGGGAGAGGGCAGACAGAGCAUCCCAGAGGGUGCCCCAAGAGCAGGGCGGCAGGGGCGGGGAGCCGAGGGGGCGGGCCGGCCAUGUCCCACGGGACCUACUACGAGUGUGAGCCCCGGGCUGGCCAGCAGCCACUCGAGUUCUCAGGGGGCCGAGCGGGGCCCGGGGAGCUGGGGGACAUGUGUGAGCAUGAGGCCUCCAUCGACCUCUCCGCCUACAUCGAGUCUGGGGAGGAGCAGCUCCUCUCCGACCUCUUCGCUGUGAAGCCAGCUCCUGAGGCCCGAGGCCUUAAGGGACCCGGGACCCCCGCCUUCCCCCACUACCUGCCGCCUGACCCUCGGCCCUUCGCCUACCCCCCACACACCUUCGGCCCUGACAGGAAGGCCUUGGGGCCUGGCAUCUACAGCAGCCCAGGGAGCUACGACCCCAGGGCUGUGGCCGUGAAGGAGGAGCCCCGGGGGCCAGAGGGCGGCCGAGGGGCCAGCCGCGGCGGCUAUAAUCCUCUGCAGUACCAAGUAGCACACUGCGGGCAGACGGCCAUGCACCUGCCCCCGGCCCUGGCGGCACCCAGCCAGCCCCUGCGCGUCCUCAAGGCCCCUGUGGCCGCCGCCGCACCCCCCUGCAGCCCCCUCCUCAAGGCGCCAUCCCCAGCUGGCCCCUCACACAAAGGCAAGAAGGCGGUGAACAAGGACAGCCUGGAGUACCGGCUGCGGCGGGAGCGGAACAACAUCGCCGUGCGCAAGAGCCGGGACAAGGCCAAGAGGCGCAUCCUGGAGACGCAGCAGAAGGUGCUCGAGUACAUGGCAGAGAACGAGCGCCUCCGCAGUCGUGUGGAGCAGCUGACCCAGGAGCUGGACACCCUUCGAAACCUCUUCCGCCAGAUCCCCGAAGCCGCCAACCUCAUCAAGGGCGUGGGGGCCUGCAGCUGAGCCCUGCUGGCAGACUGUGGCACCAGCCCCCCACCCCACCCCGGCCCAGCCUGACCCUGGGGAUCCCUACCCUGCUGGGGCCCUAGAGCCGCUCACAGGCCAAGCCUGAGACAGAGACCACGGACAAAUGGCAGCGGGCGGCGAGGGAGGAGGGCGGACCCCAGCAUAAUG